AGGGCAAUCCGUAAAAGAUUUAGUAUAAGGGUUUGGGUUUCUUUAGCGGCUCAAGGGUUUUCUUCAUCUCCUUGGUUUUCUCAUCUCGCCUUAUACAACCUUCUUUCUUUUCGCAGUCGAGCAACUUGUUUUCUCAGCAAUCAUGGGGAAAACUCGUGGUAUGGGAGCUGGUCGCAAGCUCAAGUCUCACCGUAGAAGGCAAAGGUGGGCUGACAAGUCAUACAAGAAGUCUCAUCUUGGAAAUGAAUGGAAAAAGCCAUUUGCCGGUUCUUCUCACGCUAAGGGAAUCGUUCUUGAGAAGAUAGGUAUUGAGGCUAAGCAGCCUAACUCUGCUAUCAGAAAGUGUGCACGAGUUCAGUUGAUUAAGAAUGGAAAGAAGAUUGCUGCUUUUGUGCCCAACGAUGGUUGCUUGAAUUACAUUGAAGAAAAUGAUGAGGUGUUGAUUGCUGGGUUUGGACGUAAAGGACAUGCAGUAGGAGAUAUUCCCGGAGUUAGGUUUAAGGUUGUGAAGGUAUCAGGAGUCUCACUUUUGGCCUUGUUCAAAGAGAAGAAAGAGAAGCCAAGGUCUUAGUUUACUUGAGAAUGGUUGCAUAAUUUAAUUCUAGGUUAGUUUUUUGUUACUUUAAAUGCAAGAAUGAUGGCUUCCAGCUACUCGCUGAAAAGUGAAUUUUAUGACCAGUUAUAUACUUGUGCUGUUCUAUUUUUGAACUUAUUAUUACAUUUCUCUUUCGAUGGAACGCAAA